CCAAGACACUGCGUAGAUUUCCAGUUUCAAACUCUGACAUACUGUGCCCCUGUUGCGCUAGAGGACAGCGUUUUUCACAGCACUGCUUUUUAACCCUGUAACCUAGCGUGUGCGCGGAUGCUUGCUGCCAGCCUUUCUGCCACCUGAGCUAGGCUAUAAGUUGUCUCCGUUUACUCAGCCCUGGCAAUAGGGUUGGUUGCAAGUACUAUUUGCCUGGGGGCGUACAAGGAAACCGACACCAUCGCGUCUGCGAAACGGUCAGUCUGCGAAGGAAAAAGCCAGUUUAGCCAUGGGAAUCAUAUCGAAAUUCAAGACCUUGCUCAAGACCAGCAGUGUUGCCCGCCGGGAGGAUGACGAUGAGCCGGCAUGCUUGACGCACUAUGUUCGGCCCGCCUCCGUUACGACGCCGCGCACCGUGGCCCUGGAGUCCAACCAUUCACGCUCUGGUAUGACAGCAGCAAUCAACGGCAAUGCGGAAGGAUCCCCGAGGAUGGUUCGUCGCAUCGAUUCCGCUCGAUGUGCAGUUCCCCGCAUCGACUCCAUCACAACUACGACCACACCAGGCAGCCGAUUCGAGACCACCAUUAUUACGCGCCAGGGCAGCCGCGUCGUUCUGCAAGGCGUCAAGACCAUGAAGCCCGAGUCCGAUGAUGAAGCCGAUGACUCUCCCCCCUGUGCCGCCACUCCCGGCGGCCCCGCCUCCCCAUCCCCCGCCUCCCCACGCCCUCCCUCACCUCCCUCCACCAGGCCCGCCUCCGGCGCCCACGCCCACGCCCUGGUCUCCUCCGGCUCCUUCACCCAUGCCCACCACCAUCCCCACCACCCCGGCCUCUCCUCUCGCCCCACCCUCUCCCCCAAACCCUCCUUCACCGCACGCUCCCACCUCUCCCACGCUCCCAACCCCCAACCCCCCUCCGCCGGCACCCCCCAGCUCCCAGCGGUCCCAGGCGCCACCCCGGUUCCCCCCGCCUCCCCCGCGCCCGGGGACGCCCCCGCCGUACGACGCAAACCCAACCGUGUCGCCUCCCUGCCCAUGCUGCUAGACGGUGGCGUCAUGUCCCGCCCCCCAGCUCCCUUUGCCAACCCACAUGACGACGGAAUCUCAGCCGCCCCGGUCUCCGCAGCAGCAUCGCAGCAAGAAGCCGCUGCCGCCGCAGCGGAACGCAGGCCUCCGCGUCGCCUACCCAAACGCUCCGAAUCCCUCAAGUACCUCCUAAAUCUGGACCAAUACCGCUUCAACCAGGACGUAUCCGUACAGGAGGCUCGCGAGGCGGCAUGCGGCCUGCUGGCAGACCCCUCCGCCGCCGCCUCCUCCUCCCGCUCUGCCUCUCGGAACGCCUCCGGAACUGGCAUGCUCCCUGCUGGCGGCAGCGGCGGCGGUAGCAGCCACCUUAGCGGGAGCAUCAACACGGGGGUUACCCUUGCCAGCAGCUUGGCGGCUGAUAAGGCUGCCUCGGCCCUUGGAAGCGGCUCCUCGCACCACCAGCACCACCACCACCAGCACUCCCCGUUGCAGCACCAGGGAAGCUUGGAGGACAUCAUUUCCACGGACGGUACGACAACCUCCAUCCUGGCGGUCAGCCCCGCGCUGCCUGCCCGCAUGCGGAGGCCGAGGUGGAGCCUGGAGGACUACCAGUUACUCAAGCAGCUGCACCGGGGGUAUGCCUCGGACGUGUUCCAGGCGGUGUGCAAGGUGAGCGGCGAGAUGGUUGCGCUCAAGGUGUACAAGCUGGCGGAGCAGGGCGACAUUCAGCGCAUGCAGCUCUACCGCGAGAUAAAGCUGCACGCGGGGCUACGGCACUCCAACAUUGUGCAGUACUACGCGUGCUUCCUGGAGCAGCAGCGUGUGAUCUUGGUCACCGAAUUCUGCACGGGGGGCGACCUGCUGCGCAUCAUGUACAAGUGCGGCGGGCGGCUGUUCGAGCGGCAGGCGGUCAACAUGGUGCUGCAGCCCUUCCUGACAGCGCUGCAUUACCUGCACACGCAGGGGAUCGUGCACCGUGACAUCAAGCCCGAGAACGUGUUGUUUGCGGAGGGCAAGAUCCUGAAGCUCGCUGACUUUGGACUGGCCAUCAGCUUGAAGGAGGAGCGCGCAAACACGCGGGCCGGGACACUGGACUACAUGGCACCGGAGGUGCUCCGCUGCCCCACCAAGAAGACCCCGGAUGAGAACAAAGGCAACCCGCAGUCUGCACACUACCACCAGGCUGUGGACGCCUGGGCGGUGGGUGUGUUUGCGUACGAACUGAUCGUGGGCGCUCCGCCCUUCAAGGCGGCCCAGAUGAUCGACACCGCUCGCAACAUCAUGCAUGCACCGGUGGCCUUCCCGCCCGCGGUGUCGGAAUUGGCUCGGGACUUCAUCAUGCGGGCGCUGCACAAGGACCCCCUCGAGCGCAGCACGGUGUUAGAGAUGCUGCACCACCCCUGGAUCACCAUGUUCCAGCGCCGCAGCUCCGUCCGCAUUGUCUACACGCGCUCCAACUCGCUCAUGGAGCUGAUGCCGCCCGAGCAGCGGCAGGCGGCGGAAGCGGCAGCGGCGGCAGCAGCGGGAGGAGGUGUUGGAGGGGGAGGAGGUGCAGCACAUCAACAGCACCGGGUUGGACAGCAGCAGUACCACCACAAGGGGGAG